AUCCAGCCGCCUCCUCCGCGCCGCUGCGCGUCUUCACGGUUCCGCGCGUCGCUGAAACUUUGUUUCUCCUCGAGCUCCUCGUCUCGACCGAACGCGCACUUUGGGAAUAACGUGUCCAGAUGACGCGCUGCGCCCCGAGCCUCGUCCUGCACACGGGACUUCAUGCGCCCGCGUUCUUCCUCUGAAGUGGAUUUUGUGCCGCGCGUCGAUUUGACUUUUCUCAGAAGAAGAAAGUUUGAGUGGAAGUCGCGAGGCGGAGCCGCAGAGGAGCCGGAGAGGAGCCGGAGAGGAGCCGCAGAGGAGCCGGAGAGGAGCCGCAGAGGAGCCGCAGAGGAGCCGGAGAGGAGCCGGAGUCCGGACGGAGCUCGGCGGGACGCGGGGACCGGGGACCGGGGCCGCUGGACGUCGGCCAUGGAGACUUCAGCCGCCGAGAAAAAGGACAAAAUGGACGGGAGCGGGUUCAGAGACCUCCCGAAGAAACCCUCCGCGUCGGAGACGAGAGCCCAGCACCACGUGUUCCCCACCUUCCACACGCCCAUCCCCAUCGACCUGCGCCACCACGAGGGGCGGUACCACUACGAGCCCCACGCGCUGCACGCCAUGCACGGACAUGCAGGUUUGGCCGGCAGCCCCGUCAUCUCCGACAUCUCCCUGAUCCGCCUGUCGCCCGCUGCCGUGGCGACCGGCGACUCCCCGUUCAGCCCGCCUCACCCGUACGUGCCCCCCCACAUGGAGCACUACCUGCGCUCGGUGCACGGCAGCCCCACGCUGUCCAUGAUCUCCGCCGCCAGAGGACUGAGCCCGGCCGACCUGGCCCAUGAGCAUUUGAAAGAGCGGGGGCUGUUCGGCCUCCCUCCCCCUCCCCCCGGGGCCAGUCCGGCGGAGUACUACCACCUGAUGGCGAGCCACCGCAGCCCCUACAGCGAGCUGCUGAUGCAGGGGGGCGGGGCCUCGGCGGGGGCCCACCUGUCCGACUACAUCACGCCCAUCGACGUGUCCCGGUUCUCCAGCCCCAGACUGACGCCGCGGCUCAGCAGGAAACGAGCUCUGUCCAUCUCGCCGCUGUCCGACGCCUCCAUCGACCUGCAGACGAUGAUCCGCACGUCGCCCAACUCGCUGGUGGCCUACAUCAACAACUCGCGCACCAGCUCGGCCGCCGGCAGCUCGUACGGACACCUGUCGGUCGGAGGCCUCAGCCCGUCCUUCCCGUUCCCUCAUCCCAUCAACCCCAUGGCGUACCAGCAGCUCCUGUCCCAGCAGCGCGGCCUCAGCGCCUUCGGCCACACCCCGCCCCUCAUCCAGCCUCCGCCCGCCUUCUCCAGCCGCCAGCCGGGCCUCGGGCUCUCCUCGCUGCCGGGCUGCGCCCACAGCGACCUGAAGAACCACGGCGGCGACUCGUCCGUCAGCAGCACAGUCGACCACAUGAUCCCCAAGAGGUCAAAGGUCAAGAGUGAAGCCGAGGGACUGAGGCCUUCGUCUCCGUGUUCACCGAACCACCACGGCAGCUCGUUGGACCUGAAGGACGAGGUGGACCGCGACGACUGCAAACAGGAGCCCGAGGCCGUUUACGAAACCAACUGCCACUGGGAGGCCUGCAGCAAAGAGUACGACACGCAGGAGCAGCUGGUGCAUCACAUCAAUAACGACCACAUCCACGGAGAGAAGAAGGAGUUCGUGUGCCGCUGGGACGAGUGUUCGCGGGAGCAGAAGCCCUUCAAAGCUCAGUACAUGCUGGUGGUUCACAUGCGCCGACACACGGGGGAGAAACCACACAAGUGCACGUUCGAGGGCUGCGCCAAGGCCUACUCCCGCCUGGAGAAUCUUAAAACACAUCUGCGCUCGCACACCGGUGAGAAACCGUACGUUUGCGAGCACGAGGGAUGCAACAAAGCUUUCUCCAACGCCUCGGACCGAGCCAAGCACCAGAACCGGACGCACUCCAACGAGAAACCCUACGUGUGCAAGAUCCCCGGCUGCACCAAGCGAUACACGGACCCCAGCUCGCUCAGGAAGCACGUGAAGACGGUGCACGGCCCCGAGGCCCACGUCACCAAGAAGCAGCGCGGCGACCUGCCGCCCCGGCCGCCGGCGCCAAGGGAGAACGGCGAGAACGAGAAGGGGCCCAGAGAGAGGAUGCAGAGGGAGGACAAGAUAUCGGACAACGGCUCCCCCAGAGGCAUGGAGGACUACCUGCACCUCGAAUCCAUCAAGACGGAAAACUCUGUGAUGUAUCAGUCCAGCCCUGGCGGUCACUCAUCAUGUAGCAGCGAACCAUCACCACUUGGCAGUGCCACCAACAAUGACAGUGGAGUAGAAAUGGCGGCGCACAGCGGGGGAAGCCUGGGGGACCUCAGCACCCUGGACGAGCUGCCCUUCGUGGAGUCCUUGGGCUUUGAAGAUUCCACGGGCGGUGUCGCGGCGGUGGGUCUCCACUAUCGAAAGCAGCUCGGCACCAUUCAGCUCCUGGAGCAUCUGAAGAAAGAGAAGCUGAAGACAGUGAGGGACUCGUGUCGAUGGGCCAGCAACACAACCCCCCCGGUCCUCGGCACCAAGCUCCCACCCAUACCAGCCAGCGGGUCCCUCCUGGAGAGUCCAAGUAUGGGUGGAGGUCUGGUGUCCUUCCCUGGUUCAGGCUUGGGUAAUCUGAGCUCUGGUAAAUCAACUCUGCUGGAAAACCUUUCAGAGCGCCGUGACAGCACCUCCAGCACCCUGAGCUCAGUUUACACCCUCAGCCGCCGCUCCUCCGGCAUCUCCCACUGCUACUCUAGUCGGCGUUCCAGCCAGACCUCACAGUACGGUGCCAACCGCCCCAGCAAUCUCAGCUCAGCUGACUCUUAUGACCCCAUCUCUGCCGACAUCUCACGACGCUCCAGUCAGACCAGUCAAUGUGGAGGAACCAACGGUGGAGCAGGAGGAUGGGGUCUAGGCAGCCCCCUCAGCCUGACACCAGCCCAGCACUACCGCCUCAAGGUGAAAUAUGCGGCUGCCACUGGGGGUGCACCACCUACACCGCUUCCAUAUAUGGACCAAAGGUGUUUGAAGACCCACACAGCCCUUUACGGUGACCCCCAGGAAUCCACCACCAACAGAGGCCUGUCUUCCAGGCAGUACAGCAGCCAUACCACAAUGAGCAUGAUGCCCCACGAGAUCCCAUCCAACAACCCCCGCAGAGCCAGUGACCCUGUCAGACGGCUGACCAUAGAUUCUCUUAGCCAGCCACAAAUGCAGCGCUACAACAGCAUGGGAACACUGACUGGAGGGGCGACCAUGCAGCCCUAUCCCCCUCCUGCACAAGAUCACCGUCAUUUGUCCCAGCAGGGCUGCUCAGAUCUCCACCGAUACUCUUACACCCUACGACCGCCAAGCAUUUCUGAGAAUGUCAGCAUGGAGACGAUGACUAAUGACAUCGCAGAGGAAGACCUGAUGCUGCCUGACUUCAACACCGACAAUGGAGAUGCAACCUGCAGAGUAUCGGCCAAUCAACAAGAUUUCCAAGGAAACCCCCAUCCCCAGCAGAAGUCGUACCAUCAGAGAAGGACAGCUGUCGUGAAUUCCAACAUUAACCUGACCACUCAGGUCAUGGGUCCAGGGCAGCAAGGACAGAAGUGUUCGUCGUCACAAAGGGCCAACGUCCCCGUCUCUUUAGGACUCGUGGAUGUCGGCGAGCACAGCUCCAAAGCACAGGUCCGAGGGAACCUGGCUGUGCUCCAGCAAAACCAGAACUUUGGAUCCUUUUACAACAAUCUUAGCUCCAACCAGCAGAUGAUUCAAAACAUCGCCAACACAGAACAGCAGAGAUGCAAACUGCUGAAUGCUGAGCCAGGAGCAAAUGGCCUGCAGCAUCAGAGGUUCCAGCAGUCGUCCAAUCUCAACGAAGCAGUUCGUGUCCAGUGUCGGUUCAACGAAGGGAUCGGUUCCUAUGAUAAGAAUGGUAACACCACCUUUCCGACCUGUAGCAACACAGCAGGAGUGAGCGGGAGCCUGCUGAGCCCCACCUGCAAACAGGAGCCGGUCGACAUGCACUUUGCUGAUGCUGGAUUUCAGCCUGUGCAAGUUAAAAUUGAGGACUGUGACGGACCCAUAAUGAUUUCAGAUCAGCAAAAUUGCAAUAUGAUCUCCCAGAAUCCCUUGCAAACUGGGAAUCAGAGCCAUCUCCAGCCAAGGCCACCGACAGAACCCAAAUCUCGAAACAGGCGCCUUUCAGGGCCAAAGUACUCGAGUAAUUCUAACCCAGAAGUUGCUUCCAAAUUAUCCAACAACGGAGUUUUAGGGCUUCAUUGCAACUCUGAUGACAAUAUCAUGUACUACACAGGACACAUUCAAGUAUUUGAGACGAACGGGAACUUGGACCAUCACGUUCCUCCUGUGGUGAACGGGCCUCAGUUUGAAAAUGAUGCGGCUUCUCCCGGUCCAGCUGACAACCAGGCGUCCAGGACCGUAGACUGUAACGCAGCCCUGGAACAGGCACAGAUAGACUUUGAGAGCAUGCUCGACGACGGGGAUCAGUCCAGCCUGAUGUCGGGAACCCUGAGUCCGGGUCUGCUCCAGAAUUUGUCCCGUAGUUCCUCUCGCCUGACGACGCCGAGGAACUCAGUCACGUUGCCCUCGGUGCCGGCAGGCACAGGAAACAUGGCCAUCGGCGACAUGAGUUCAUUGCUGACUGCUCUUGCAGAGGAGAACAAGUUCCUCAACUCCAUGUCUUAGUCACAUGUUGCAGAAACAUGACAGAAAUUAAUUUGCAGAAGUUUUUAAGUCCGUAUGCACAAUAAACAUUGAACCACAAA